AAUGGCACAUAUUCAAAUCCCGGAAAUGAUGCUGCGAUUGGUUUUAAUUGUAAUAAUGACUUCGGCAGGUGUAUGCCAAGUAGGUAUUGGACCAGAACUGCGUUGUUAUCAAUGUAAUUCACUAACACAACCUCACUGUGCAGACUAUUUUGAUAAUCGAACUUUUCCACUAGUUGCCUGUCCAAAUGAUGGAAGAAAUUAUUCUAGGUGUGUCAAGAUGAUUCAGGAAAUGUAUCUAGAUGGAAAAUGGACUAGACGUUAUUAUAGAGAUUGUGCUGUAACUGGUGUGAUUGGUGCAGAAGAUGGUCGUUGGUGUAUAGAUCGUUUGGGUACAUAUCGUGUUAAAGUUCGAUAUUGUAAUUGUAACAAUAAAAAUGGAUGUAAUUCAAGUACACUAUUAACUGUUUCAACAACACUUUAUAUUUUUAUGUUCAGUGUAUUUAUAUUUUACAUUUAUCGAAUUCUUAAAGUAUAGGCAUUUAGAAUACAAGAAGAUGUCCAAUUUCUUCUAUUUUCUUUUUUAUUAUGUUUAUGAAAACAAACUUAUGUAAUUGCAACGAAUAACUUUUUUAAAAAGAUCAAAUGAUAAAUAGGCCAUAUUGAAAUAUGAAUAUAAACUUCUAUUUUCAUUGUCUAUCAAGAGGCCAAUCACUGGAAAGUAACUAACUAGAAGGUCAUUUACUUCAUUAUCAUUCAUUUAUUCAUUUUUAUGCAUGAUUAAAUUAUGUAUAUGUGGUUUCUUUUCUUUUUCAUCCGUAUAAACAUUGCUGGAAUAUUAUUAUUAUUUUUUCAGGAUAACUGUAUAAACCACAUUUUCUGUAUUUUAAAUUCAUCUGCUUACUCAGUGUUAAUAGAAAAAAGUGUAUAUAAACAAUGAUCAAUAAUAUGAAUUGUAAAAGGCACUUUGUCUUUUUAUAAUCAACAAUAGUAACACACUGAAG